UUCUCAGCUUAGGUUUUCAAAUCUGCAAGUUUAUAGAUGCUUGUGAAUGUUCUCAAAAUCCUACUAAAACCACUUUUGUAUUCUCUCUUUGAAUAAUGUUUUUGAAAGUCUUAUGCCAUUAAAUAUGUACUUAUUAGAGAACACUAAAUUUACUGACAAAUUUUUUUUUUGAGUGGUGAUAUGCUAUUUUGGGCUGGGGGAGGGAUGUUGAGCUCUGUGUGACCAAAUCAGGAAAUGUUUAGAUUCACAGAUUUGCAGCUGUUUAAACUGUAGGUCACAGACUAGUCUAGUGUUGGAAGUAGAAUAUAGAUCUUCAGUUUUCCCAUUCUAUAGAAAUGGGGGAUACCACCACAGAGGAAGUCUGUCUCCAUGUUACAGAAUCACAGAAUGGGUAGGGUUGGAAGGGACCACAGUUGGUCAUUUGGUCCAAUCUCCCUGCGCAAGCAGGGUCAUCCUAGAGCAUGUAGCACAGGAUUGCAUCCAGAUGGUUCUGAAUAUCUCCCGUGAGGGAGACUCCACAACCUCUCUGGGCAACCUGUUUCAGUGCUCUGUCACCUGCACAGUAAAGAAGUUCUUCCUCAUGUUCAGAUGGAACUUCCUGUGCAUCAGUUUCUGCCUGUUGCUUCUUGUCCUAUUGCUCAGCACCAUUGAGCAGAGCUUGGCUCCAUCCUCUUGACUCCCUCCUUUUAGAUACUUGUAUACAUUGAUGAGGUUCCCUCUUAGUUGUCUCUUCUUGGAGGUGAACAGGCCCAACUCCCUCUGUCUUUCCUCGUAUGAAAGAUGCUCCAGUCCCCUGAUCAUCUUCAUAGCCCUCCACUGAACUUACUUCAGAAACUCCAUGUCUCUUGUACUGGGGAGCCCAGAACUGGACACAGCAGUCCCAAUGUGGCCUCACCUGACAAUGCUCUUCCUAAUACCCCCCAGGAUUCCAUUGGCCUUCUUGGCCGGAGAGACACACUGCUGGCUCAUGGACGGCUUGUUAUCCACCAGGACCUUCUCCACAGCACUGCUCUCCAGCAGGUCAGAUCCCAGCCAGUACUGGUGCAGGGGGUUAUUCUUCCCCAGGUGCAGGACCCCGCAUUUGCCCUUGUUGAAUUUCAGACAGUUCUUCUCUGCCCAUCUCCAACCUGCCAAGGUCCUUCUGAAGGACUGCGCAGCACUCUGGGGUAUCAACCACUCCUCCCAGCUUUGUGCUGUCAUCAAACUUGUUGAGGAGGCACUCUGUCCUUUCAUCCAGGUCAUUAAUUAAGUAUAUUGAUAUUUCUGGAGAAGACCAACCUGCCAAAAAAAACCCCAAACCCAAGAUCAAAUGCUGUCCUUGAUUGCAUCCUUUCAGAUUUUCAUCGAUUCUAGUUAUGCACUCAGCUCUCCUCAUAGUGUUGCUAAAGGGACCAAAAGGGACUCCUUGUGAUAUCUGGACACAUUUUAAAUACUAUGUAGUGUAGUUGACGAUGGUGUCAUUUCAUGCUUGCUGACAAAAAAAGUAAGCAUGACAUGUAUAUAAAUCUACCUUUACCAGUGUGGACAUGUUAAUACAAGCAGAAGUAAAGUUACUGGGUAUGAGGCUUUCUUUGCCUCAUCUUUUGAUGCCUUUUUACUUGCUUGUUUUCUUGCUAGGAAGUGACAAAAACAAGUAGUUUCUCUUUGGAUAUGAAGUUCACUGACAGCAGUGUCUGUAGAUGGCUAAAACUGCAAACACUGUUAAUGGGUGAUCUGUUGUUGACUAUGAAACAAUUCUUAAGCAUAUAUUCUAAAGAGAACAUAUCAGUUUUUCUUGACAGAGAAAUUCUAUAAACGUGAGAUCCUGUGCUGAGAGAUUUUAUUGGAAGAGGAGCAAGAAUGUCAGAAGCAGGUAAGCCUAAUUUUAAAUGCAGUUGGGCACUCACAAGACAAGAUAGAGGCUUUUUAUACUGCCUGUAAUAAACUUUAGAAUAAAUGUGAUUUCUCCAUGUUGCUGUGCUAUGUAAGGCCACCUCCAUUUUCCUGUAAUUUAUGGUCAAACUAUAUUAGAUUAAAUAUUAAAAAAAAAUCACACUGUUCUGCAGUUUUUUGAAGAUAAAUAAAACCUAGUUUGAUAGUAAUAGAAUGGUUUGGGUUGGAAGGGACCUUAAAGAUCUUCUAGAUCCAACCCCCCUGCUGUGGGCAGGGAUGCCGCCCACUACUGGAUCAGCUUGCUCAGGGCCCCAUCUAACCUGGCGUUGAACACUUCCAAGGAUGGGGCAUCCACAACUUCUCUAAGCAACCUGUUUCAGUGCCUCACCAUCCUCUGAGUAAAGAACUUUUUCCCAACGUCUAAUCUAAAUCUACCCUCUUUUACUUCAUUCCGCCUUGUCCUAUCACUAUCUGCUAGUGUAAAAAGUUACUCUCCCUCUUUUUUUAAGCCCCUUUUAAAUACUGUAAGGCCUGUAAAUACAUAAGCCCUUUUUAAAUACUGUAAAUUGGGUCUCCCUGGAGCCUUCUCUUAUCCAGGCUGAACAACCCCAACUUUCUCAGCCUGUUUUCAUAGGAGUGAAGCUCCUCCAGUCCUUCACCUUCAGUGCAGUGCAGAAAAGCAAAUAACUUUUCCAGCCCAGUUUCAGCCCCACUUGGUACCACACAAGACCAUUACAGCAGUUGCUGACUGUUUCAGAAUGGAUGUUUGUUUUUUGCCUCUGUGUUGACUUUCAAUUCUGUGGAUUCCCUAACUAGCACUGACUUGUUUAUGUUCUAAAUUUCAGUGCUUAUGCUUUUAUUAAUUUUCUUAAAUUCUGGUAUGGUGACUGACACUAAUGACAGGAAAUGAUUAAUGAAUGGGACCUUGCUGGGAAUGUGUCACAUUCUCAUGUUUGUCUGGAGCUAGUGACAUGCUGCAUUACUGGCUUUCAUACAUUUUCUGCCACUUUUUAAUUGUUGAAACACUAAAGUUUGUCUUUUGGUCUCCAGUUUCUGUUUAUGCUCUUUAAUAAAAAAGCUCCAGCAAGCCAACUGCCAGCAGCUGUUAAUAAACUAAUCACUCCCAGUAAACAAUUUCUUUUACGAAAGAAAUAAAUAUUUUUUUAAGGCAUGAUAGACUCCUAAAAAAAUCUGCCCUAUCUCUUGUACAGUUUUUUGAGAACCUUUGGUGGAAGAAUCAAGACUAUGCUAUAUGUAAAUGAGGAGAAAGGGGGUACUUGUACAGGCCGCUGACAUAGUGAGAGGUGAGACAUAGUGGGGAAUUGAUGUUCUCUGAGGCACCCUAUUGCACACCAAAUUGUGGUGCCUUCACUCUGGCCUCCCUGAAACCUCUCUGGACAGCUACAGUCAGUGACAAUUUUGCCUUUGCUUCAGGCUGGUAAGAUGGGAACUUAUUUAAAAUUACUCUAUUAGAGUAUGCUGAAACUCUGAAAAGGGUUUAAAACAAAGUCAUGGAUCAGGUUGCUGUAACUCUCAAAGAAGAUCUGAACUGGGGGUUUUGAUGUUGUGGCUUAAUCACAAAGCAGUGCUUCCUCCUACCCAGGGCUUCCCUGUUUGGUGCUGCUUUGCUGCCCUUAUCUUAUACCAGUAUUUGCAAAACCUGCUGACAAGGUUUUGAACUGGCUUGUUUGGCAAGUGCGGGCCACACCUCUGUUUCUCACAGCUGGAGUGCAGCCCAGUCCUGCGCAAAACUUCAGAUCAGUCUGUAGCAAGCAGCGCUUCACAGCCGGGCGUCCAGGGACUCUCCUUAUUUCCUGGGUGUCCCUGUCAUUUUCUGCAGAGACAAGAAGACAUUUUUCCCAUGUUCCAUAAGGUGCUGCGGGGCCCGCUUCCACCCGGAGUGCUGCCUUUCCUGGCAGCUGUGCUUUUCCAAAGGAAGGAGAGGAAGGAGACUGGGUUUUAUCACUGGCGGUGGGAAAAGCACCCUUACUACAACCUAACAGUGAAAGUCCUCCGAGCCAGAAACAUCAAGGGUACAGAUCUGUUGUCCAAGGCAGACUGCUAUGUGGAACUAAAGCUGCCCACUGCAUCUCCCAUAGUCUCCCGAACUCAGGUUGUUGACAACAAUGAUAACCCAGAAUGGAAUGAAACUUUCCGGUAUCGAAUCCAUAGUGCUGUCAAGAACAUUCUGGAGUUGACACUCUAUGAUAAGGAUGUCCUUGUCAGUGAUGAGCUCACGUCUAUUGUCUUCGAUGUAGGGGGCAUGAAGCCGGGUCGGCCCCUGCUGCGCACUUUCAGGUUGAACCCUGAGGCUAAUGAAGAGCUGGAUGUAGAGUUUUACUUGGAGAAAUGCUCAGAUGUCCCUGCAGAGGUAUUGACCAAUGGAGUCCUUGUGGUUCAUCCUUGCUUGUCUCUGCAAGGCACUGUUAACAAAGGGGAAAACACAGAAGAGAAACAGCAAGGGUGCUGUGAAGUUAAGUUGUCUGUCCCAGGGGCAUAUCAAAAGCAGUUGAGUAUUCCUUGGACACCAGAUAAUGAGAAGCAUUAUGGAACCUCAUUUGUUUUUCAUGUGGAUAAAGAAAUGUGUCCAGAACUGCAAGUGCAGCUGGAGCAAACCAUAUCUGUUCUACAGGAUGGCGUGAACCCUGAUGUUGAAAAGCAUACUACAGUUCUGGGAUUGGGAACUGUACCAGUUAAUUCCCUUCCUAUUGGAGAAAAAGUUGAUAGAAGCAUUUCUUUGGGAGAGGGACAAAGUCUGGAUAUGAGUUUGAAAACUGAAGAGAGCACUUGGGAUCUUGAUGUACGUCUGGGUUUCGACCUCUGUAAAGAGGAGAGAGAAUUUUUGGACAAAAGGAAGAAAGUAGUUUCUGAGGCACUGAGAAAGAGUCUUCACUUAAAAGAAUCCCCUCCAAAAGAUGAGGUUCCAGUCAUAGCAGUACUGGGGUCUGGAGGUGGGAUGAGAGCACUGACAUCGUUCUAUGGCAGUCUUGCUGGGCUUCAGCAGCUGGGCCUUUUGGAUGCUGCAAUAUAUCUGUGUGGGAUUUCUGGCUCUACUUGCAUUUUCAGGUGUUUAUCGACACUGUAUCAAGACCCCAACUGGUCACAGAAAGACCUUCAAGAUGCAAUCAGAAGAGCUCAGGAUGCUGUGUCCAGCAGCAAAGGAGGGGCAUUUUCCCCAGAACGACUGAAAUACUAUUUCCAGGAGCUGAAUGCAAUGGAGAAUAGUGGACGGAAAGUUUCCUUUACAGAUUUGUGGGGCCUUAUUGUGGAAUUUUUCCUACAGCAGAAGGAAGACCCAUCAAAGCUGUCUGAUCAGCAAGAAGCAGUGAAAUGGGCCCAGAACCCUUACCCUAUCUAUGCAGCUGUCAAUGUGAGACCCAAUAUGAGCAGUGGUGACUUUGCAGAAUGGUGUGAGUUCACUCCCUAUGAAGUUGGAUUUCGCAAAUAUGGAGCUUUUGUCAGAACAGAGGACUUUGACAGUGAGUUCUUCAUGGGACGACUUAUCCAGAAACAUCCAGAGCCCAGGAUUUGUUUUCUACAAGGAAUGUGGGGCAGUGCUUUUGCGGCAAGCUUGGAUGACAUCUGCCUGAAGGUGAUUGGUAUAGGACUGAGCUUUCUAGAUUCUUUCAAAGAUGUUAUAAAAGUUGUAGAUGACUGCCGAAGAUUCCAUUUCCGAGACCCAGCACGACUGAAGACUCGCUUGGUUAUACCUGGGGGCCCCUUGCUACAAAUUUUUCAGGAUUUCUUCAAGUCCCGGGUCACAUGUGGAGAAACCUUCAACUUCAUGAAGGGAUUGUAUCUUCAUAAAGAUUAUGUUAACAUCAAGAAAUUUGUGACUUGGAGAGGUACUCAUCUGGAUGCAUUUCCCAACCAGCUGACCCCCAUGGAAGAGAGCUUAUAUUUAGUGGAUGGUGGCUUUUCUAUCAACUCUCCCUUUCCUUUGGUACUUCAGCCAGAGAGGGAUGUGGAUGUUAUCUUGUCAUUCAAUUUUUCCUGGGAAGCUCCAUUUGAGGUUUUAGAGCUGACUCAGAAAUAUUGUGAGGAGCGUGACAUUCCUUUUCCAAAAAUCAAAUUUAGUGAGGAAGAUGAAAAGAAGCCAAAGGAGUGUUACAUGUUUGUGGAUGAUAAUAAUCCAAAGGCUCCAAUUGUAGUCCAUUUCCCAUUAGUGAAUGACACUUUCCAGAAAUACAAGGCUCCAGGAGUUGAACGUGAGUCAGAAGAAGAGAAAUCCUUUGGUGACUUCAUCAUUGAGUCAAAGGAUUCUCCUUACCGUACACUAAAUUUCACCUUUGAGCCAUAUGAUUUCAGCAGGUUAGUGGAAGUGAAUCGCUACAAUGUUCUGAACAGCAAGGACACUCUCUUCAAAACCCUAAACUUGGCUCUGCAAAGGAGGAAGUUGAAGAAGGUCAUCAAUAAGUCCAAUACAUGAUCAGCUUCCAGAGCUGAGGAUACAGAGAGGCUACAGUGUACAAAAGCCAUGAGGUUCAAGACAGAAUAUUGAAAAUGAAUAGCUGGGAAUUAUCUUCUUGGCAAGGGAGUAGUACAUGUGACACUGAAAAUUCAUUCCAGAGGAUGUGCUCUGAUGAAAACUCAAGGGAUGUACCGUACAACAUGGAUGUUGCUUCCUUGUGUGGGGAAGAGUAAGGAAUCAUCUAGCCCAGUAUCUCAAUUUACAGUGGCUGAUGCCAGAUGAUUAGGGAGGUCUAUUCAAACAGUUCCAGCAUCUGGAGAAUAAUCUUGCAAACUCCACUAAGCGAUGCACCUCUUUUUGUCAAAGGUGUGUUAGUGUUUGGGGAAACACUGAUUUCUUCUCUACUUUUAUCUCUCCUGCUUUUUGAAUCUCCCUUCAUGAACUUUUACAAUUUACAUCAUCUUGCAAGUAAUUCCACAGAUACACACACACUGAGAGAGAUGUGUCCUUUUGCUUUCAACUUGUUACUGGAUGAUGCCUGCAUACUUUCAAGACUGAGCAGUGAUUACUUGCUUUCUAUUUUUGCCAUUCACGAUUUCAAAGAUCUUUGUGAUAUUUCCUUCCUACCCUUCUCAGGGAUUUUAAUGACUUUUAGUCUACCAGAACUUCAAUAUUGAGUACCUUAUUUUCAUAAACAAUUUGUUUUUGAGGAAAUAAAUAUUCACUUUUUUAUGUUUAACAAUUAAAAACACAUUGUGGGAUUGUGUUGCUUCUUCCUACAGUUUGAUCAUCAUGAGAUGAUGAAAGUGUAAUGAAAGUACCAUGAGUCUCGUCUUUCUCUUUGUGUAUAAGAGGAAGGAAGGCUCCUUUGAAGGGUUUGAAUUAGAUAUUUUCUGCCUUGCACUUCAGUGUGCAGUUCAACCAGACCUUUGUUGGAGGAAUUUGCGUGUCUAUAUAUUUCAGAAACAUCAAUAGUCAAAGUAGGCACACCUUACAAAUGUGAAUGAGUAAAACAAUGUGCUGCAGUGCUGUGGGAUGGAAUUCACCUCACUUUGCAUAAAGCUCAGAGAAAAGGACUGAAUUAUGCAGUUGGAAAAUAUAUGGUACAAAAAUAUGUAAUACAAAACAAUGAUAAACAAGCAUUGUUUACUUUUGUGGCUUUUACACUGAGUUGAAUGUACUGAUUCUGUAUUUGAAAACUGGAGACAGGAAAAUUGUCUUAUGAAAGAAUGUAAAGGCUUAUAGAUAAGGAUGAUUCUUGAUAAAUUUUUUAAUGUGUUUCUCUUUGAAUAAAUAUUAGUUUUUCUCA